AUGAAAACCUACGCCGCCGUCCUCGUCGCCGUCCUUGCCGCCACCACCCUGGCCGCCCCGGCAACGUCGCCCGUCGAGGAGCCCUUCUCCAACAUCGUCGCCCGCGAGCAGUGCUUCCACCCGGGCGAGUGCGGCUGGACCAACUCGGGCCAGUGCGAAUACCACUGCGACGGCUACGGCGGUUUCAUGUAUAUGCAGGGCUGCGCGGCGACUUUAUAG